CGGGGGAAACAAAGGAAGAAAGAGAUGCUCAAAUCAUAGAAAGAGUAGCAAGGAAGAAAGGGAUGAUGAUUGGAGUAGAAAAGGGGUUUGGAUCAGCGAUCCAUUGUAGUGAUUGCUGGAAAUUUGCAAGGAUCUUCCUAUGGUUCGUCUCAUUUGGAACUGUUACAAAAACCCAGAUACUCAAAUCGAAGCUGAAGCUUGAAGCUAUGGUUUUGGAUUUUGCAGAGAGAAAGGAACGAAAUUUUACGCGGGGUUUUUCGGAUAUCUUCCAGAGCACAACGGCGCCGUUUAACAUAAACUAAAUAAAUAAAAAUGAUAAUUAAAAAAAUAUAUAUCCUCAAAAACAAUCUGCUCGGACCGUGUUUUGCAGAACCCACCUGAAAGGCUGAAAUUAUCCCUUCCAAAUCCUCUCUAGUUCUGAAGGGAGAGUUUUAAAGAGAGAAAGGGAUCAACUUUCAGCUUCUCUCUUGAACUGUCUCUCUGUCCUUCUCCUUGGAUGAGUUUAGGGUUCUCAGUUUCAGUUCCAAGAUGGUCAGUUCUCGUUUUCAUUUUCCUUUUCUUUAUCAGUAAUGAUCAAUCUGUUGCUUCUUUUUUUUUUUUUUUUACUAGUUUGUUUAAUUGAGAUUGUGCUGGCUUUGUGAAUUUUAGCUAUAUCCUUGCUAUUAUUUUGUUAAAAUUCCUGUUUUCAGUGGGUUGUGGUGGUAGAUUUGUAUGCUUUUAUGAUCUUCUGCUAGAACCUUCAUUUGGGUGGUGAGCAAAGCUCCGGGCAACUUUGGGGAAAUCUUUGUAUUCCAGCUUUUGUUUCAUUUAUGACAUUUCUUUUCUGGACUUCUCUGCUUGUAGAUUAUAGUUAUGAUACCGUGUAUGUGUCAUCAUUUGUUUUAAUUUUUGUGGGACAAUGAAAAACACUAAAGACGGUGAGGACUAUUCCUACUUUCUAGUAAAUUAUAGUUUGGCUAUUAUACCUGUGCAUGCCUGUCUGUGUGUAUAGUAUAUGUCAGUACACUUUUAUGUCAUUUGGCUUAAAACACGUAAGAGAUACUCAUCCAAUAAGCAAGUUAUAGCAGAGGAAUGGGUGGAAAGUAGCUUCAACAAGUGAAAGAUGAUCACUCUGGUAUUCUUUCUCUAUCUUUUAUGAGUCUAUUAAGUAUUAUGGCAUUGCAUUUCUAGCAUGUAGUAUUUUAA